AUGGAUAGAAUAUCAGGAGCUGUGUCUUCCAAACACUUUUAUCUUUCAAACAAUUGUAUCUUUCAAACAAGUGUGAUUUUUCAACAAGCCGUCUCCGAUUACGGCCACCCGCCCUCCUCCAGCCCCGUCAAGAACUUCAACAGACCCCACCAGCAACGGUCUGGUGCGCCCUCGCUCAUCAGCCAGAUCCCCGACCGCCACGCCGCCUCGCCCAUCCCUCCAUCCCCCGCCGGAUUCCCGGCCAACAGCGGGCUGUAUGCCAAACACGACAUCCUCAUGCCUCCCCGCCCGGCGUUCUACGGCUCCCGGAUGUCCGUCCGAUCGAUAAGCUUGGAACAGUCGCCCUCCAGGCAAUCCUACGCCGGCCCAAGGAUCUCCGCCACCCUCAACUGCGCCUCCACUGGCGCUCCUGCAGGCCUCUACAACAACCCGCGCACAUCCUUGAGCAACGCUAGCGUCCGCUCCGUCCCCGUCAAGAGCCAGGGCCAGGAUCCGCGCCACCUCGACCAAUGGCACUCCGACGACGACGACAAUCCCAAGCCCGCUUCCGCUAAGCCUGUCAGGGAUGAGGACGAGGAUGAAGACAAGGUGACGCUCUUGAAGCUCCAAUGGCACUCCAACGACGACGACGAUCCCAAGCCCGCUUCCGCUAAGCCUGUCAGGGAUGAGGACAAGGAUGAAGACGGGGUGCCGCUCUCAAAGCUCAAGAAGAAUUCCUCCCCUCCCUCUGCUGCGCCCCGACCUUCCCCCAGCGGCCUCCUCGUCGACAGCGCUGAAGUCUCAACAGACUGGGAAUGGGAAUCUCGCCGGCCAUCCACGGGGAAACAGCCCCGCCAGCUCGAGCUCGGGGGGCUCUGGGUUGGGGUCGGGGUCGUGGAACUUCCCUGCUACUCCAAGAGACUCGUUCCUUCCCGUCCCGACCCACAUUCAUCCCCACCCUCAUCCUGCUUUUGCGCUGCUGGCCGGGCCGGGCUAUCUCAUGCCCGGCCCGCCCGGAUCAUCAGCUUCUACUCAACCAGCUGGGUACUGGUCCGCUUCCCCUGCUCCGCCCGCUCCGGCGGGCAGCGUGGACGAGUGCCCACGCCCGUCGGCGUCGAUCCCUAUCUGUAUGCCGGCCUGGACACGGCGCAGAAAAUCGCGCUCCAUCAGCGCAGCCAACUGAUCCUCCAGGUGGAAUGA